CUCUUCUAUUAUACGGCUCUGCCCAGUAGGUACCAGUAAUGUAACUUUAUCAGUGCAGAACGACUCCCUAAACCAACGAAGAAGAACAUUCCACCGGAAGUUGUGUAGUUCAUGCCAACGAGAAAAAUAAAAGUUGGUUUGGCGUAUUUUGUCUCUUCAUACAUCCGUAUAUUUCACACAGUAGAAAUGGCUGCAGUUGAGAAACUGAGAAGUGUUAUCAACGAGCAACUAGCUGCAGCUGCCGAUGAAAUAUUGGAAGUUUUUGCUCAAGCUUUAUCAGCAUACGAGGAGGAGAUUUGUCGUCAGCGCAGAUUAUUGGAUACCGUCUUGAAGCCUCAGAUAAAGCUGCACAGAACAGAGCUCCCUCAGCAACAUGUCUGUAAUGAGGAUGAGGUUCUCAGUGACCAGCAGCUCUGUAGUCAGGAAAGGAACUCCAGUCUGGACCAAGAGGACCCAGAGCCUCCACAGAUUAAAGAGGAACAGGAGGAACUUUGCACCAGUCAGGAGGAAGAGCAGCUUGAACUAAAGCAGGAGACAGAUGUCUUCAUGGUGACUCUUACUGAUGAGGAAAGUGUGCACAGCGGACGGACCUGUGCAAAAGAGUCUGUAGGCAAGCCCCAGAUAAAGCUGCACAGAACAGAGCUCCCUCAGCAACAUGUCUGUAAUGAGGAUGAGGUUCUCACUGACCAGCAGCUCUGUAGUCAGGAAAGGAACUCCAGUCUGGACCAAGAGGACCCAGAGCCUCCACAGAUUAAAGAGGAACAGGAGGAACUUUGCACCAGUCAGGAGGAAGAGCAGCUUAAACUAAAGCAGGAGACUGAUGUCUUCAUGGUGACUCUUACUGAUGAGGAAAGUGUGCACAGCGGUCAGACUUGUGCAAAAGAGUCUGUAGGCAACAUGCCAGUUAUAAGUGUUGUGGUAUCAGAAGCACAAAGUCAUCUGCAGCUCAUCUCUCACAAUUCUGAUGACUCAGGGUUAACAAGAACUGCAGAUCCAGAAAUAAACAAAAGACAUCACAAGACCAAAAGGAACAAUGUAAACAACGCUAACUUGUCAGACAUGCAACGUAAUACUUGCACAGUGAAAAAUAAUUUAAAAUGUGAAACUUGUGGGAAAGAUUUUAAGUACAUGUCAAUACUGCGAAGACACAUGACCACCCACACGGAUGAGAAACCAUGUGUUUGCGUGACCUGCGAGAAAAGCUUCAAUGAGAUGUCAAAAUUAAAAAGGCAUAUGAAAUUCCACACAGCUGAGAAGAAAUAUACUUGCAAAACAUGUGGGAAAAAAUUCAAAUUGAACUGUAACGUUAAGAUUCACAUCAUGAGAGUCCACACAGGAGAGAAGCCCUAUGUUUGCGUGACCUGCGGGAAAAGCUUCGUUGAGACGUCAACAUUAAAAAGGCAUAUGAGCAUCCACACAGGUGAGAAACCGUAUGUUUGCAUGACCUGCGGGAAAAGCUUCGUGGAGACGGCAAAAUUAAAAAGGCAUAUGAAAGUCCACACAGGUGAGAAACCGUUUACUUGUAAAGCAUGUGGGAACAAUUUCGGACGUAACGAUGAAUUAUUGAUCCACAUGAGAAGGAUUCACGCUGCCAAGAAGGCAUAACUUUGAAUUGAAAAGGUAUUACAUGGUUUACACCAACAAGUAGAUUUCCAUAUGUACAAGUGACAAGGCACAUAAAUGCAGCACUUUUUUCAUCUGGAUGAAUGUUCACCAGGCAGCUACCUCUGGGACUGAGCAAUGCAACCUAUGCUGAAUAUUUAAAAAACUGCAAUUAAGUUGCAAAUAGAUUUCUUUAUGUUUUCAACAUGUCAUUUUGUUUUGUAUAUUUAUGUAUUUUGUAGUGGAAUCAAAUUGUUUGUUAUUUUGGUUUCAAGGUGACACUCAAGCUGAACUUGGAAAUAAUAAUCUACUUUGUGCUUUAAUGAAUAGAAAUGAUCGGUGCACUUAAUGCUGUGUGAUCUAAUGUAUGUAUCUAACAAUAAAGCUUUGUAUGGUGAUGAUGUAAGAAUACCAGAUUCACCCUAAACGCUAAAGAUAUAAGCAAAUGAGGGUCAUCCAGGCUGCUGGUAUGACUGACAUAAUAAGUAAGUGGAUGUAAGUUGUAAACAGUAGAUGUUUAAAUGAUAGCCACAUGGGCUUGAGCUUAACGGUGUGGUAGGUAAUUUUGGAGAAACAAGCUUGAGUGCGCUAGAAUUUGAAAAUACACAGCCGGAAGAAAUCUGCUACUU